AUGGACUCCAGCGCCCAGGGCAGACGCGCUUUGCGCGAAUCAGUAGCCCACUGGUCAGACUUUAUAUCCAGGUGCAUCUCGGAACGCCUCGAGACCGACCGCUUCCAACAGUUCGUCCCGCUCAUCCACGCCAAGCAUCCCCUGGCCCCCAUUUUCGUCGCCGAUAUCUUCUUGAAGCCGCAGCCUUCAAACGACGUCAGCCUCGAUCCGCGCAUCCCACCCUACAUCCAAGUCCUCUCUCAGCUCGGCUACGUCGACGCCCCGUCAAUCCUUCAGACCCUCUACAAGUACUCCUCGCUGCACGCCCUGCCUCCGCAAUCCCAGAAUGGCGACGCUACUGGGGGGAACGGUACAAAAGCGGCCGAGCACAAGCGGCUCUGGAGGAGCUCAUCGUGGGCCGAAGAGGUCAUGUUCUAUCACGUCAUCAAGACUGUCGUCGAGGGCUCCGCCUUUCGCGACACGCGCGCCGCCCUGGUCCUCGUCAGGAUCGUGUGCAAGUGGAUGAACCUCUUCAACUCAGCCUUUACCGCCUUCACAACCGAUGUCCUGGGACAAGUGCAAAAUUCACAGAUCCGCGACGAGAUGGACGUGGCUCGCGCCGCCUUUGUCCCCCUGCUUCUGCGCUUGGUCGAGACGCCUUCCCUCGUCAAGGCCAUCAGCAAGCCGUUCGCCAAAGUCGUGCGAAAGGAGCUUUCCCAGAGCCUGUCAAGCUUCAUGCACACCCUGCAACAUGCUCCCGGUUUUGUCGAAAGGCUCGAGGUCUUUCGCAGCGAGAUAUUGGGCCGCCUGGACCCAGUGGACAAGAGAAACCAGGCCGCCGCAAACGCAGCCAUGGACGAGCUGCUAGAUCCUGCCGUCGGGCUCGACAACUUUGUCAUUCCACACAUGCUCAUCCCCAACACACGGGCCGGGCUCUAUGUAUACUUGAACGCCGCGCUCGCGGGACGACCGGUGAUUGACGAUAACGUGCUGCUGUCAUUUCCUCAUAACCGAUAUCAGGGCGAGACUCAGUCAGGCGCCAUCGACCUCAUCUUGGCGUCGUUUGAUAUCCUCGCCAACGCUGUGUUUCGCCACGAGGGCCCCAGAGACGCUCAUCUCUUACGCUCAUUCCUCAUCAACAAGGUCCCUCUGCUUCUUUGCCAGCUCUUCUCUCCCCAGUUCUCCACCGCCUCGUCUGAGUUUUGCAUCACCGAGGCUCUCAACCAAGUCGACACGAGCGUGUUCCCCACGGCUUCACUCAUGUUUGACGAAUCACGCAGCAACAACCCGUACACCGAGAGCGUCAGAGAAGAGUUCUGCACCGCCUGUGCCCUCCACGGCCUGGUUCAUAGGGAACAUGUCGAGAGGAUACUGGGGGAAACGUCCAUGUCGUACGAGCCAUCUCUGGAGAAGUACUCCAAAGAUAAGCUCGUGCAAGGCUGUCUGUCUGACCCGGAGAAAAUUCAGGAUUUGGUCCGGGAACUCGACAAAAUGGACGGCAACGUCGGCGCUGUUUGCCAGGCUCUCGUCGAGCUGAUGCGCCAGUUAUGCAACAGCAAGGAGACCAUGUCGCUCAAGCUGCUGUGCGGCCAGCUGGCCCAGAAACCUCAGUCCCUCGACAUCUUGCUGCUAUUCGAGAAGCUGCCCGCCAUCCUCGAGCCCCUCUGUCAGCUCCUGGAUGGCUGGAGAUAUGACGACGACCAAGGCGAGUACCAGCCAAUCUACGAGGAAUUCGGCGCCAUAUUGUUGCUGGUUCUCGCGUACGCCUGCCGCUACAAGUUGACGGCCGCCGAUAUUGGCGUCACGUCGCCCGACUCAUGCGUCGCCAAGAUACUGAGUCGAGGGCAUCUCAGCCGUCGACUGAGCGAACUGACGGAGCAAGAAAACGGCCAUGUGGGCGGAUGGAUCCAUGGCCUCUUUGACAGCGAGACCGGGGGGCUUGCGGACGAUCUGAUAGCAUCGUGCCCGCCCCAAGACUUUUAUCUCCUCGUCGCGACCAUUUUUCAGAACAUUGUGGUCGCCUACACGCACGGCUAUCUGAAUGACGAGAGCCUCAAAAGCGGUAUAGAGUACGUCGUGGACACGUUCCUGCUCCCGUCGUUAGUGCCAGCGAUCCGGUUCUUGGCAGACUAUCUCUGGGUGGAGCAGAAGGAGCAGAAGUCCAUCAUCAAGAUCCUGCAAUUGAUCCUGCUGCCCAGCUCCAUCUCGGGCGAGGCGAGUACUAUGUUGACGUCGGUGAAGAACGUAAUAGCCAAGCCGCUCGAGUCUUCGCUGCGGUCGUACCAGAAGCAAGAUCCCAAGAACCAGGACAUUGAGCCGCUUCUCCGCGCUCUCAAGGACAACCUGCCCCUCUCGCGACGGACGGGAGGUGCCGACCAGAGCGAGCUGGAGUUGUGGGCGACCAGCUCGAGCACAGGCCUCGCUGCCGCCGUCAAGCAUACGGUGCAAGCCCUUGUGCAGUGGAGCAUGCACCAUGGACUCAAUAUCAUGCCGACGCCGUACACGCAUCGACAGAUGAUUGCGGCGUGUCGAAUGGCCGGGACUGGUACAGUGCUUCGCAUGAUGGUGGAAGAGAUUCGGCAUCAGUCGGAGACGGCGAGCGCAAGCGUCGUGUACGAUGUGGUGUCAGCAUUGGUGUGCGCGCCAGAUGUGACCAACGAGCCGGCCGCCGCGCCAAGCCUACUGGACGCGGCCGGGACCAUGGCUCCGGCGCCGCAGCGGCGGCUGACACUGCGCGAGGUGCUCAAGUCGGAGGCGGAGAAAUGCCGAAAGCUGCAGAAGAAGGACGCGACACUGGCCGAGAUUGUCGUUCGGCUCCACCGGAGGGUCGAGGCGCAGAUGGUGCUGCCGCAGCCGCAGGCCAUGCUGCAAGCGCAGCUGGACCUCAACGGGGCGUCGGGCGGGCUCAGUGACGCCAUGGCCGCGGCGGCUGCGGGAGUGCCAGGCGACGCCAUGGCGGUCGAUGGCGUGAGUCUGGACAUGGGGAUGGGAGGCAUGUCGUCGGACUUGGGGCUGGGCGGGCCUGGAAGCAGUGGUGGCCUCGAUACGACGAGUGACGGGGAUCUCUUUGGAGGCAUCGACACCAGCAUGGACAUGUUCAACGGCUGGGACGGCAUGGACUUGGGCGGGAGCUGA